AUGGAUGUUGGCUGGAUAAGUGCAUGGGUGAGAGUUAUCAAUGAGUGGUUUGCAGCAACAAUUUACAUAUGGAUGCUGAUUUCCCCAAUUGUGAGACAGAACAAAGCCAAGGAUAACGGUGGAACUGUGCAGGAGACAGUUGUCUCGACCAAAGAGUUGAAUUCUAUUUCACUCAAUCCAAAAGCACAAAUUAUGUCUUUGGGAUCAUCAACCACUGCUUUUUGUGUCACAAUGUUGUUUGCUUUUGCACUUAUGGUUGUGCCAAUUUGCAUGGCAGCCACAGAACCUGUGAUUGAGUUGUACAUUCAUGAUAUUCUUGGGGGCAGUAACCCUACAGCACGCCCAGUGACAGGGUUGCUAGGGAGCAUAUACAGUGGCCAAGUGCCCUUUGCUACCCCAGUAGGGUUCAAAACCCCACAGGGUGGAAUUCCCAUUCCCAAUGCAAAUGGUGCCAUUCCCACAGUGAAUGGAGUCACUGGCAUUCCACUAGGCACUGGCUUGGCUGGCACCACUUUUGCACCAAACAACAACAACCAAAACAAUGCACCAUUGGAGAUAGGACCUGAUGGGUUGGGGAUUGGUUUUGGCACAAUCACUGUGAUUGAUGAUGUGUUGACCUCUCAACCUGAGUUGGGGUCACAACUGAUUGGGAAGGCUCAAGGGGUUUAUGUGGCUAGUUCAGCAGAUGGGACUAGGCAGAUGAUGGCAUUCACAGCACUUUUUGAAGGAGGGGAAUAUGGUGAUAGCUUGAACUUUUAUGGCUUGUACAAGAUAGGAAGCACCAUGUCAAAAUUGUCUGUGAUAGGGGGCACAGGGAAGUUCAAGAGUGCAAGGGGGUUUGCUGAGCUGAGACCUCUUAUCCCACCAGGGCAAGUUUCCACUGAUGGUGCUGAGACACUGCUCAGAAUCACUGUCCAUUUGAAUUGA